ACCGUUGGUUGCUACUAGUAUAAUUUUGAUUAAAGAAAAAAUAUUUGUUUUCAACUGAUAGAUUAUUGAGAGAUAUUGUCGGAGUGCCUUUAUGGGGGGAUUGAUGACUGAUGGCUGUGUUGUUAUAUGGACUGUAUUUCUGCUGUCCUCUGUCAUGGGAUACAAACCAGUGAUUAUUGUUCACGGGAUAUUAGAUGGACCCAGACAGUUUGAGAUUUUGGCUAAAUUUAUCAAUCAGUCUCAUCCAGGUACCAAUGUGACCACACUAGCCCUUUAUGACUACACUGGCAGUAUGAAGCCACUGUGGCAACAGGUAGAUGGAUUCAGAGAGGCCAUCAGACCCAUCAUGGAGAGCACCGAUGAUGGUGUCCAUCUCAUCUGCUUCUCACAAGGUGGAUUGAUAUGUCGAGGAGUUCUUGCAACCCUGCCGACGCACAAUGCUCACUCUCUGAUAUUACUGUCUUCACCACUAGCUGGCCAGUAUGGAGAUUCGUCUUAUUUGAAAUAUUUUUUCCCUACAUUUAUCAAGUCAAGACUGUACCAUUUUUGUUACACUACAUGUGGACAAAGGAUAUCUAUCUGCAACUACUGGAAUGGUAAGUGGAUGUGUCACAAAUCAAUGUUCUGUAUUUCAUUUGAUUCACAGCACAUCCUUCUCUGUCUUUUUAUUCCCUCUGUAGAUCCACACCAAAGAGAGAGAUACUUAAACAGCAGCAUCUAUCUCGCCCUACUGAAUGGCGAGAUAGAGCAUGCCAAUUCAACAGCGUGGCGAGACAGCUUCCUGCGCAUACAGACGCUGGUGCUGAUCGGUGGACAAGAUGACGGCGUUAUUACACCAUGGGAGUCAAGUAUUUUUGGGUUUUAUGACAGUAAUGAAACUGUGGUUGAGAUGGAAAAGCAGGAUUGGUAUCUAAGAGAUGCUUUUGGCUUGAAAACACUGAACUCAGAAGGAGCCGUGGUCAAGUGUGUCGUCCGUGGUGUACACCAUACAUCCUGGCAUUCAAACCACACAGUCUACAAGAACUGCAUAGACAAGUGGCUCACGUAAUCUAAGGAGAUGGAAAAAAGGAAACUGAUCUUGUUACAUGCAUAUGCACAAUCCUCAAUGUAAUCAUGUAUCAUGUAGAUUAUGAUUGUACACUUAUUCAUUUUUUAAUUUUUAUUUUUUGCUAACAUAAUGUGAUCAAUUAUUAUGAUUGGUUUUCUAAUAUAUAGUUUUCUAGCCAUUUUAAUAUGUCAAAUCAGUUUGAAUAUUGUAAGAAAGUUAUUCUGUCCUGCCACCACAGAUAAUGCAAGUCUAAUGUUCAGUUUUAAUAAAUUAAAUUCUAAAAUAAAUUAUUAAAUUGUUAUAAAAAAUGAAAUGAUCAU